GAUAGCACCCGAGAGCUACUGGAGCGGGCUAUCAGCUCGAUCAGUGCCGCGACGAACCAGGCUGCUCGACGACGUGUGCGCCAGCGUUUGCAAAGGCGGCUCAGCGACUUCUUGACCAAGGAGCAGUAUGACAAUGCAAUGCAGCAGUUCAAGUUCUUGUGCGAGACCCGGCUCGGCUAUGUGUGGCGGGUCGCUGAACCUUCCGACCACAACAGCGAGAAGUUGUCGACUGGACUUCCAGGGGUAUGCUACCUUCAUUUCGACGAUCUGAGUGGGCAAUGGCAGCACAACUUUGUUUGA